AUGGUGUUUGAUCUCGACUACACUCUGUGGGACCUAUGGAUCGACACUCACAUUAGCCCGCCGCUGAAGCGCCAUGCCGACGACAUCAACCAUCUGACUGACAGUCUCGACUUUUACCCCGAAGUGCCUGGUAUUCUGAAAGAGCUCAAGGAACGUCGUAUCCACAUUGCCAUCGCAUCGCGUACGGGCGAGGGCGACCUUGCGCGUGAGGCGUUGAGUCUCCUCCUCGUCCCCGACAUUGACGGCAAGAUUGUUCGCUCGUCAUCCUACUUUCAGACUAUGGAAAUCUAUCCUUCAUCCAAGCUCAAGCACUUCAAGGCGAUCCACAAGAAAACUGGUAUCCCCUACGAGGAGAUGCUCUUCUUUGACGACGAGCACCGCAAUUUCGAAGUCGAGUCGCUGGGCGUCACCAUGCAGUUCAUCACAGACGGCACGGGCCGUAAAGCCUUCAACGAAGGCUUGGCACUGUGGCGUAAGCGCCGGGGCAUCAAGAUUGUCUCCAAAGAUAGCCUCGCCGAGUCAAGGCAGGAGCAUCACCAUGACUAG